UAAUAUGUUUCACUGCGACCUGGAUAAGCGACAGGCGGCAUAUUGGAAUCACCACCCCUGGUCAUCGGCAAAAUCCUCCGUGCUGUUUCAUCGCCAGGUGUGUACUGACAGCUGAAAAUAACCUCAUAAUAACCUGCGAUAACCAAGUAAAUAAACUUGGAUCACUUUUCCACGAAGCGUCCAUCAGAAAACUUUUAGCGGUAUUCUCUUCGCAAAUAUGAAGUCAACCUUGCUCGCGCUCGCUUUCGCGGCAUCCUCCCAAGCCGCACUGCGAUUUGGGUGCUCAUCGAUUAGCAUCCAGCGACUCGACCCUCUUGUAGAGCCUGGUCGUAUUCCAUCAGCACAUGUACACCAAAUUGUCGGAGGAAAUUCUUUCAAUGCGACCAUGGGCUCUGGUGCGAACAACGACAUUGCCGACAGAGCCACGUGCACUUCUUGCUUCUUUUCGGAAGACUUUUCCAACUACUGGACUGCUGUGCUUUAUUUCAAAGCUCGCAAUGGCACAUUCAAACGCGUACCUAUCAAAGCAAACUCUGCGCUAGAGGGGUCAACAGAUGGGAUGACGAUUUACUACACCCAGAAGGACUUCAACUCGAAUGGAAACGCAAAGAUCACGGCAUUUCCACCUGGCUUCCGAAUGACCGUUGGUAGCCCAACAACGACAGAGAAAUCCGAUGUUGUCAAUGGACUCUCUUACACCUGCCUCCAGAACAUCAACACCAGAGGAUCGGAGACCCAAGAAUUCCCAACAAAGCCAUGCCCUGCUGGUAUUAUGGCAAUUCAUCAUUUCCCAGCAUGUUGGGAUGGAAAGAACCUCGACAGUCCCGACCAUCAAUCUCAUAUGUAUAGCACAACGAAAAAGGGCACUUUCGUAGAAGCAGGCCCCUGCCCAGCUUCACACCCCGUCCGCAUGCCACAGCUCGCUUAUGAGACCAUAUGGGACACCACCAAGUUUAACGAUAAAUCACAAUGGCCUGCCGAUGGCUCGCAACCCUUUGUUUGGAGUAUGGGCGAUAGAACCGGGUAUGCGACCCACGGCGAUUACGUCUUCGGCUGGAAAGGCGAUUCCCUCCAAAAAGCUAUGGACUCAUCCUGCAUGUUCCAGGCCUGUGGGAAUGGCAAGCCUCUUCUGAGCCAAAACGCCGCAGCCAUCAACAACUGCAAAGUCAAGUCGACGAUCAAUGAAGACACUGAAGGAUGGCUGACAUCGCUCCCUGGUGCAAUGUGAGCACAUAAAUGUGUUAUAUUAAACGGAAUCAUGUUCUUCUUCGAACUUGGUGGACCUUUGGGAAGCCGUCAGUGCCAGUUUGUGUAGCACGAAUCCCUGUCUCAUGCUUCAUGAUAGCCCCAACAUGGAUCAUGAUUUUGGGCACAGCCAAUCAGGUCACUUUAUAGGCUAUAUGCUCCGAUCACCUUUUCUUUUUGUUUCUAAAUUUGCUUCGAUAGCUUUGACAGCAUAUACACAUACUCUUCUCGCACCAGGAACAGUGAAAUACUAUUUCAUAUACAGCCUGUCUACUCUGGCCCCUCUAGGUGCGAUCUC